GGGAGAGAUUACUGUGCGGCGCCCCUUGUGCGGCGCCAAGGGUUAUUAGCCUUGGUUUUUUUUUGCCCCACUCGAAACCGAAGAGUCAACUCGUUCUCUCUCUCUGUGUGUCUGGUUAGUGGUAUCUUUCUGACGAAACAAAGACUUCGCAGCUGUGAUUUUGGGCCUUGCACCUAACCUGGAAAGAAGUUGUUCUCUUAAGAUAAUAGAGAAACUUUCAUUUGGCUUCUAAACGAAGUGGGUUGGUUAUAAAACUUUAUUCUCUUCUGGGGUAUUGUUUCUCUCAUAUGGACUCCUUCAAACUUUGUUCGAGUCAGCUUUUUUGGUAGUGAAAUCUCGUAAUUUGCAGGUUUGAGGAACUGGGUUACUUUGCUCUUCCUGGGUUUGUCAAUGAGAGAUAUAAAAGCUCAACCUUUUGCGUUGAAGGGCUCUAUUUUAGGCUUUAAGGGAGUUCUCAUGGUUUUGGAGUUUGGUUUUAGUUAAUUGGUUUGUCCAGUGGAUUUGGUUUCUGCGUCUUUGGCACUGUAGGGAGGAAAGGGUGCUACAGCUCUCUAGCUUCUGCAAACCCUCAAGUUUGGGGUGUACACUGCUUUGUCUUCGACUUCUAGGGAACCUCGCCUCACUUUGCAGUUGAUUUUCUGUUUGAAGAGCAAAACAUCUUCAGUGAAAUAUUUCAGAGGCCUUCUGGACAAGAUAUCUUGAGUUAUAUCCAAAUUCAGGAGACAGGAUUUAUUCGGUAGAGAAAUGUAAAUAAAAUCCUUUCAAAAAGAGAAAUUGAACAAACAGAUCGUGGAUACUCUAUUAUUGAAUGGAGAAUGAUUUUUCUGAAGUUGUGCAAGCCCUGCCUCAUUAUCAUGCCAACAUAAAGGUGCACCGGUUAAUGUUCACAGAGCUUAUAAAAUAUGUUGAUAGAACCUCAAAAAUAUUUCCUGAUAUAGAAUCAGCUCGACCACGAUGCACAGCUGGAAUACAAGCACUGUGCUUGGCAAACGUUGAACUAGAGAAGGCCAAAUCACUGAUUCAAUAUUGUGCAGAAAGUAGCAAACUCUACUUGGCAAUCACAGGAGAAACAAUAUUGUCAAGAUGUGAAAAAGUACGCAAGGCAUUGGAGCGAAGUUUAACUCAAAUUCAGGAUAUGGUUCCCCUGGUGUUGGCAGGGCAGAUAUCUGGGAUUGUUCAAGAUCUUAGGGAUGCAAAAUUUUUCAUGGAUCCUUACGAGAAAGAGGCUGGGAAGGUUUUGCUAGCUUUGCUUUGGAGGGACCCAUCUAUAUCAGAUGCCGUAGAAACUUCUGAAUUUGAGGCAUUUCAACUUGCAGCUGUAAGGCUGCAGCUCACAUCUGCAAAGGCACUCUUGAUAGAGAAAAGAUCUAUUAACAAUUUAUUAGGCAAAGACCACAAGAAUGACCAAAAAAAGGAAAGAAUCCUGAAGUACCUUCUUUAUCUUUUGAGGAAGUAUGGAAAAUCAGUUCAAUGUGAACAAAAACAUGGAGGUAUUGUUCAGCAUGAGGAUUCACAUACGAACACCAAAUCUGCAUGUAAUGAUGCUGUAUAUGUUGAGGCUAUUGAACUGGAAUCACAUGUUCAAUAUGGGUAUGAAGAUGCUCUAACUGAUGCAUCUAGGACACCUAUACCUCCUGAGGAGUUCAGAUGCCCAAUUUCUUUGAGACUUAUGCAUGAUCCUGUUGUCAUUGCUUCUGGUCAAACAUUUGAAAGGAUGUGGAUAGAGAAGUGGUUCAAUGAGGGUCAUGAUACAUGUCCAAAGACCCAAGAGAAGCUUUCCCAUUUGUUAAUGACUUCAAACUCCACCAUGAAGGACCUUAUUUCCAAAUGGUGUAGGAGGCAUGGGAUCCCUAUUCCUGAUCGAUGUUCACAGUCCACUGCUGCAGCACUUAGGUCAUGGAAAACUUCAUCUUGCAGUUCCAUUACUAGCUUUGGAAGUUCUCUAAAUGAUGUGCCUAUUCAAAUUGAUGUCAGCAGCAUAUCACUUGAUUCUUUGGAUUGCAGUUAUGGUUCUAAUUCAUCACAUGUUAAGAUUGUAGAUGCUUCGAGUUCGGUACCCUCUUGGAUGAACAGUGAUUCGCAUGGAUACCAAUAUUCAGUGAACUCCAGCCAUUGGAUGAGUUCAGGAUUUUUCUCUAAACUUUCUGAGCUUCCAUGGGAAUCACAAUGCAAAGUUGUGGAAGAUGUUAAAAACCAUUUGAAGGAAGAUGACCAAGCAUGCCACUCUUUUUUUUCCGAUUCCUCUGUCCAAUCAUUGAUUAGAUUUAUGGAGGAUGCAUGCAGCCUGAAUGAUGUAAAAGCACUGAGAGAUGGAGCUCAGGUGCUUUUGGCUUUGGUUAGUAAGUGCAGAAGUGAAGUACCAUCAUUGAGUGGGGAUGUGUUUCAUCUGUUGGCAUCAUAUAUUGAUUCCGAAAUCAUUGACGAGGCUCUUUCCAUCCUUGAAGUCCUGUCGGGCCAACAAUGUUGUAACUCCAAGACAUUGGCAUCUGGUUCUAUUUUUUCCGUCCUAAAGAUCCUUGACACCCAAAUCAGUGAUUUCCAGCUGUCUGCUGUUAAAAUACUAUAUAAUUUGUCAUUGAACAGAGACAUUGCGUUCCAAAUUCAAUCAUUGGGGUGCGUCACGAAGCUUGUUCCUCUCUUGGGUGAUAGCUCACUUGCAGGAUAUUCCAUCAAAAUUAUCAAAAACUUGUGCGACACUGAAGAGGGAAGGAUUUCCAUCGCUGAAACUAAUGGAUGUAUAGCUUCCAUUGCAGAACUACUUGAGACUGGCUCUCAUGAAGAACAAGAACAUGGAGUAGCUGUUAUCCUUUCUUUAUGUUUGCUAUGCAAUGAAUAUUGUCAAUUGGUCCUGAAUGAGGGUAUUGUCCCACCUCUUGUCAAUAUAUCUGUCAAUGGCAAUGCCAAAGGGAAGAAGAGUGCAAUGGAAUUACUUCAGUUCUUGAGGGAUAUUAGAUACAGUGAUUCUCCAGAUAAUUCAAAUUCACUUCCUCACCCUAGAGCCAAUCUUGAACUUUCACUGGUGAGCAACUGCUCGAAAGAAAAGAAACCAUCUUACAAGGCUUCUGGAUUUUUUGGAAGGAAACUGAAAGUAUUGUCGAAACCCAGAUCUUUAGCUCUUUUCUGAGCUACUGAUGACUGAAUGGUCCUGUACCGUGUAGUAGAUCAAACAACAAGCGGACUGGGUAUGCUUUCCUGUACAUAUAUCACAGAGUUCAGCGAAUUUAUCUGCUUUUCCAGAGGAAGCUAAAGAAUAUAUUUUUAGCAUGUAUAUAUCAGUUGGUUAAUGAUCAUCUUUGGCUAUGAAAUGUAGCUUUCUGCAUGCAACACCAUGAAUAUUUUAUUUCAUGCUGUGAUGCUUCACUUGAUCAAUGAAAGUGUUUUGGAUGUA